CAGGAUUAGAGAGGAAAUGAAAUGUGUAUAAACCAGAACCGUGCUUCCUUUGACGCCGAGACCUCUUGCCAUGGCCGCACCAUCCUCCCCUUCCUGCCUUCUCGAGGAGCCUCGGCGACUGCCACCGCCACCGGAGGACGGGAUGGAUACAGAGGAGGUCGUGGUGGAGGAGUCGAGGGACUGGGCGGAGCUGCCGCGGGAUGUGUUGCUGGCAGUGCUCAGCAGGCUGGACCACAUCGAGAUCCUCAUGGGGCCCGACAUGGUGUGCAGCCCAUGGCGCAGGGCUGCUAUGGACGAGCCGGAGCUUUGGCGCCGCAUCGACAUGCGCUUUCACUAUGCCGAUGACUUUUACCUCACCUCCAGGAAAUUCCAUCAGAUGGUGAGAGCUGCCAUGAGGCGUAGCGCGGGUCGCUGUGAGGCCUUCUGGGGUGGCGCCUACGUCGCAGAAACGAAUCUCUCCCUCGUCGGCGACGCGGCGCCAUCAUUGAAGAGCCUUCGACUCAUCGAGUGCCGUGAUAUGGUGGACUUGGCCUUCAAGCCGGUGAUCACAAUGUUUCCCAUGCUUGAGGAGCUGGAGCUGUCGAACUGCAUGCAUCGCUUCCCAAUCACACUCGAAGUCAUAGGGGAUGCCUGCCCUCUGCUGAAGCGCUUUCGACUGAGCCAGGGGUCCUUCUACAGCGAACGCGUAGACGACAGCGCAGCCAUGGCGAUCGCUAUGAUGCCGGAGCUGCGGUCGUUGCAGCUUACUGCUGAUUCGCUCACCAACAGUGGUUUGGAACUCGUCCUUAAUGGUUGCCCGCACCUAGAGUCUCUCGACAUUCGCUCUUGUUACCAUGUUUGCAUGGACGAUGACAUGCAAGCAAAGUGUUCUAGGAUCAAGACUCUGAGGCAUCCUGAAGACUCCAUGGAUGAUUAUGACCUCCCGUUUAGUUAUACAAUUCCCAGACCAUGCUGGUCUACUACACCAAUUGAAUACGCUUGGAGCUGCCAAAGUCCUUACUAGUGUUCAACGUAUGUACCGGCCAAACAUCCAACCCCACAUCUUAUUUAAGAUUCGUGUAAGUGUGACCCACAGUCCAUUUGUAUUGAUCCCGCAAAAAAAAAAGUCCAUUUGUAUGUUGGACUCAAGUAGUUCCUCGCCUCGCCUGGGUUUUAGAUAGGCUAGUUUUGCUUUUAGAAUAAACCACCUGAUCAGGCCUCUUCGAGAGUUAGUUCAGGGGUAGACCGAUUCUUAGGGUCUCUGUUAGUCUUUCUGUUAGUUAGUUAGCUAGGUGCUGCCGGGAUAAGCGCAUGGGAUGGCAUGCGGGGCUUGCGCGGCAAGCACAUCACUCGCACGAUCCGAGCGUCGUGGGAUGGCACAGCCGGUCUACUCGGGUGUGGGUUGAUCCGUUCUUUGUAACUCAGUUUAUAUUCGAAAUAGAGAGUGAGAAAAGUUGUACCA